AUGAUUCUACAUAUUACACAGCUACCUUCCAUUGGUGCAAUACUGCCUCCGCCACACAGUCCUGAUGAGAAUUUGAGUCAGAAUGAUCAAAGUGCUCCGUGUCCAAAUAAAGAGGAUGAGGACUUUCCGAAACCCCCUUCCGAAAACCUUCUUCCGGGUGCAAUUCUGAAUGCACCUCAACAAUCGGCGGACCAAAGUGAAUUAAGUACUAUCCCGCUUUCUGAGGAGAAAGUGAUGGAGGAAAUUCAUCAGAUUAAAUUGAGCAACACCACAGAGAGCACUGCUACUGCUGCUCAAGCUCCUCAAUGUCCCGAGAUCACACCCACCACCAUUACUGAGAAGUCUCUCUCGCUCAAAUUGCCUAAACCAGAUACCGCUGUGAAACGGACAUUGGUUGAGCUACUUAAAGAGGAGUUUAAACAGCUUAAAGCGGCAAAGGAGACGUACAAGUCGAAGAAGAAUGCCAUUACCGAGUUAAAAACGUUGCUAGCACUGGAUAGUAUCAUUUCUCAACCGGUAAAUUUCAAAUUUGGUUAA